GACAGCUAGGGGUCCUUACACAGAGCUACUUAGAUACAUAGUGUAUAUAAUUAUAAGUGUUUAUAACGAUCUCAAUCAUAUUUAUUUAUUAUCUGCAGUUGUCUACACACUGUUCACAAUGCUGUUUCAUGUUUUGCAUUUUGAUGUUCUGGUAAACCCGGUGGUAGGAUUAUGUUUCGUCCUGAUGGUGUGCUUUUAUGUUCUACAGAGAGUGCGGAGUCGUCUGCAAUCUCUCCCGGGACCAACGCGAUGGCCAAUCGUUGGAAACAUUCCGGACUUGGCAUUCACGCGCCAAACCUAUCGUCGUCUGCUAGAAUUUCGGGAGCAGUAUGGAGACAUUGUCCAACUAAGACUAGGGCCCAAUCUGACCAUCGUUGCUGUUUUUGGACACACAUACAUUAACGAGUUGUUGGUGGAACACGGAGACAAGACCAAGUUUAGACCCAACUGGCUUCAUUUACCCAAGAAGCUAUUUCAGCAAACAGGUGUUCUAUGGAGCAAUGGCGAAGAAUGGCAUUCUCUCCGAAGAUUUACCAUGAAUGCACUCAAAGAUCUUGGAUUUGGAACAACCAGUAUAGAGGAGAGAAUCCAGAACGAGGCCAAACACCUAAUCAGAACCAUCCAGUCAGAGAACACGACUGAAAUGGACCUCAGGAAGUUUAUUCCGAAGGCAGUUUCAAAUAUCAUAUCUGGAAUUGUGUUCGGAGACAGAUUUGACUAUGAGGACGAGGAAUUUAACGUUUUGUUGGAGAAUUUGGACUACAUCUUCAAAAACUUCGGUUACCAACAACCGUCUAUUUUUUUCCCAGUUUUGGAAUCGGUGGAUGUCAGUGCACAGAAAAUUUCUGAGAACAUGAACAAAAUUUAUGAGUACUGUCAACUUCAAAUAAAACGCCACCGUGCUACUCGUCAGAUGCAGACUACCCGAGACUUUAUUGAUAUGUACAUCGAACAACUGGACACAGAGACUGAGGAAUUAUCAGAGAGGAGUUUGUUUCAGAUCAUUUUUGACCUGUAUGCUGCUGGCUCUGAAACCUCCUCUACCGCCCUACAGUGGAUUAUUCUCUAUCUGAUCAAGUACCCCGUGGUUCAGAUCAAAUGCAUAUCGGAAAUUAGACGGGUGAUCGGACUUGAAGCCUCUGUGAAAUUUUCAGACAGGGAAAAAAUGCCUUAUGUCUCGGCAACAAUAAACGAGGUACAGAGGAUGUCAACGCUAGGUGCUUUGAGCCUUCCGAGAACAAGUUUGGAGGAUGUGGAGAUAGAUGGGAAGGUGAUUCCAAAAGAUGCGGUCAUCAUUCCACAUAUUUACUCCGCUCAUUAUGACACACGGUUCUGGCAGAACCCAGAGGACUUCAAACCGGAGCGUUUUAUUGACAAAGACAGGCAUAUCAUUAAACAUAAAGCUUUUUAUCCUUUCUCUAUUGGUCCUCGUGCCUGUCCAGGGAAACAGCUGGGAGAGAUGGAGAUGUUUAUUUUUGGUGUUUCUAUGAUGCAACAGCUUGAGUUCAGCUCAGUUAUUCCCCCCGAGGACCUCAAUACUGAGGGGCUCCAGACGGGGGUAACCCUGGUGCCUGCUCCUUACAAAGUCAGAAUCAAAAAUCGACAUCAUUAAAUUUAAUUGACACAUCCGAGAUACAGGAGAAUAAGUAAGAGGAAACUCAUCCCAGUCCAGGACAGAAACUCAAGACAUUCUUACACCCAUUGACAGUAUGAAAGGGGGAGGGGGGUGGGUGGGUGUUAAAAUUGUAUUGACAUUCUGAAAGCUAUAUUGAAAUUACUUAAUUAACUGUCAAAAGCAUUGCUUCAGUCAGUGAAAAGAAAUAAAUGGUUUUGAUGUUA